AUGGACAAACAGACAUACGGAGAAAGACAGAAAGACAGACACACAGAUGGAGAGACAGAGGCACAAACAGACAUACGGAGAGAGACAGAGGGACAAACACAGACAGAGAGAGACAGAGGGACAAAUAGACAUACGGAGACAGACAGACACACAGACGGACAAGACAGAGGGACGGAGAAAGACAGAGUGACAAACACAGACAGAGAGAGACAGAGGGACAAACAGACAGAGAGAGACAGAGGGACAAACAGACAUACGGAGAAAGACAGAGUGACAAACAGACAGACGGAGAGAGACAGAGGAGAAACACAGACAGAGAGAGAGAGAGACAGAGGGACAAACAGACAUACGGAGAAAGACAGAGUGACAAACAGACAGACGGAGAAAGACAGAGGAGAAACACAGACAGAGAGAGACAGAGGGACAAACAGACAUACGGAGAAAGACAGAGUGACAAACAGACAGACGGAGAAAGACAGAGUGACAAACACAGACAGAGAGAGACAGAGGGACACAGACAGAGAGAGACAGAGGGACAAACAGACAUACGGAGAAAGACAGAGUGACAAACAGACAUACGGAGAGAGACAGAGGAGAAACACAGACAGAGAGAGACAGAGGGACAAACAGACAUACGGAGAAAGACAGAGUGACAAACAGACAGACGGAGAAAGACAGAGUGACAAACAGACAGACGGAGAAAGACAGAGUGACAAACAGACAGACGGAGAGAGACAGAGGAGAAACACAGACAGAGAGAGACAGAGGGACAAAUAG